AUCCGCGCUUUGGAUUUGGAGAAAGAAUUUGCCAUAACAUUAUACUCUGUUCCACGACAGAUGAUCUUAAUGGUCGUCCGUGAAAUUAUUAGUUGCGAUCCUCAAUACUGCCUAAAAGUCGUAUACAAUCCCGCAUUAUUUAUAUCAAAUAGCCUCGACAUCAACUACAGGGAGGAAUUGAUUUAUACCUUGAAGCGUUUAAUAAUGGAUUCGAUCACAGGCAGAGAUCAGGUAAAUGAGUUGCUUCGUUCAACAGCCAAACACAUCGAAAGUUGCUUGGAGUCUGGAGAAUCUGGAUAUGCAUUUGACAAAGACUUCAAUACGAGUGCUGCCGUUUGUGACGUGCUUGUGGAUAAUAUGUAUUCUUCACCUCUUUACUCUGGAAAAUUCUCAAAAAAAACAUUAAAAACUCAACAAAAAAGUCCAAUUCCAAGGACGCCAAAGAAUAUAGAUUCUCUGUACGAUGCGAGCAUCAUAGAGUGCUUGCAACUUGGCAGGAAUUUUUCAUUGGAGGGAAAAAAAUGGUUUAUACAUCUUUUGGCUAUAUUUGAUUAUCUUGCAUUCACAAUAUUGAACAUAUGGGUCUUAUUAAUUGGACCUAUUUAUGCAGAAGCGUUUGGCACCAUGAUAGCUGAGCUUGAUGCGGAUGAUGAAGCUGCCAUCUCAAAUAUUUUGAAAUUUGUGCGCGAGGAUAAUUCGAGGAUGUUGCAACCUUCAAAACCUACGUCCCGCUUAACACGUAUAUCAAAGCGUCUACAUGAAGACAAGAUUAAAUAUACAGAAACGAUUGAGCGCAUCUUGGCUUAUGACGCAGUGGAACGAAUAAAAUAUGGAGACAAUAAAUUAAAUAAACACGAAGAAGCGUUUGUUUUGAUAUGUCGCACAAUUCGUCAGAAUCUCAAUUACGACACUUCAUUCGCCCUUCGAUCGUUUAAUUCAGAGUUGUCUUUCAAAAUGAAUUCUUCUACCACCCGUCCAGUGAAAAAAGAUCUUGACGAGUUUCUUCAAUGGGCAAACGAGAGUGUAAGCAUCGGACUUCCUGGAUGUGCGUCUCUUUUAAAAUUGAUGAUACAAUAUCUUGAUCUUUUCAUGGGUACAUCGUACAAUCCGAAACAAAUAUCGACUUUAAUCCUUGAAAAUUAUUUGCACAUUGAGCUCUAUCAAAGUGUAAAGAGGAUAGUCAAAGUCUAUCAUAAACAAGGUCGAUUUGAAGUGAUCAAAGCAGCCGUUGAGUUAUUGAUCGAAGUCUUCUCCCAAACUUCUUUCCACGUGAGAGCGAUAUUUCGAGAUUAUAUUCUUCACGAUAGACCCUCAAACAUGCCAAUUACCUCACCAACCUUUGAAUUCUGGGAAAUUUGGCCACUUGAUUUUGAACAAAGAGUCACCCUCAUUUGUAACCAGUUGGUUUCUUCUUCGGAUGAACCUAAAUCUAGACUUCCACAAGAUGAUUCUAUACAACUACAUAUAAGAAAUUCCUUGGUCUUGUUAUCUCUAAUAUCCCCUUACAACCUACUGCGAAGAUUAACUUGGGAAGCUGUGCAAAAUAAAGGCCAGGCACCAAUAAUCCAUCAGGCUUUGUGUGAAAUUAGAACUGUCUGUUGGACUCGCGUGACUCAGGAAUCACCUGCGUUGCUUGUUAUGGUGUUUAAGGAGAUAUUGGCUAAGGCAGACGACGGUUUGAUUGUGCUUACGCGUCAGCACCAUAAGAAUUGGGUUUCUUUCAUCGUAUUGUUACUUAUGGGAACUAAUACUAAACUUCCUGUCGAGAUUUCAUUGUCUGAAACUGGAGAAUGGGGUAAUGUUGGUACUCUCAUUGACACCAGAGAAUACAUUACACAUUGUGUUGUUCCAUAUUUGCAAAAUUCUACCAAAAUUGGUCGAGAGGAUACCAUGAAUCUGUCGCUUUCCGUCCUGCGCACACUACUGUCUCCAGACACAUCAAAACCGCCACAAACGAACAUGAGCUGGUCUUUAGGAUCAAAUCCUUUUAUAUUGUUGAAUAAUGUCGUGUUGUUAUUUGAUCAACGCAAGAAAGGAUUGAUUUCCAUGACAAAUUUUAAUGUUGUGUAUCCGUUGCUUAAAGAGCUGCUAAGACUUUUGACAGGAUACAUAGAGUCACCAGGAAAUGAUCACGAUCAAAAUGAAAUGUACAUGUCUGAUGCCAACAAUAUUUUGAAUUUUUAUAAAGAAUCAUUAGAAUACGGUUGGACUACUCAACUUUUUUUAAGAUCAUUCAUCAAAAGUUGUGCGAACCAUUUCAGAUUCGAUGUGAACCUACCGUACGUUCCAGCUUUGCUUUUCUCUUUCUGUGAAUUAUCUGAUCAAGAAUUUUCGGAGGUAGAGGACUCGGUGUCUCGUGAUUCGGAAUUAACAAUGAACCAGUGUACUUUAUUUUUGGAGGCUUGCAUGACCUCUGCUGAUUGGUGUCAUAAAUUCAGUUUGGCUUUAAGCAACAUAAAAUCCGUCACAAAACCACAUCUACGUAACAUCUUUCGAUCCGUUGCCCCUCAUUCAUUCUGCAAUGUUCUUUCAAACAGUGUAGAAGAAGAGUCUGUUAUUAUAUUGGAUAUAUUGAUAAAAAAUUUGAUUUCGCACGGUAUUUUAUCUGCUACCGAGCUACUGACGAUAGAUGAAGAACACAAAGAUAUUAAUGAUUCAUCGACUAUUUCGGAACUUGGAAUUGAUGAAAGGUUAUCAUUAUGCUGUGUAAGAUAUUCUCUGACGAAAAUUUUGCCUGCGUUACAAUUUUAUUCGACAAAGACAAUCAAAAAAACUGGACUUAUAGCCCAUGAAGAGGACAACUGCGAAUUCAAUCAAGGAAUUAAGGAUUUACGAGUCGUGCAAAAUAUCAUACACGUGAUUAAGACUUGCGCCCUUAAAAAUACCGACAGUUUGAAUUAUUUGAUAUUGCUGUUUUAUAGUACAGCCCAGGCACUUUUAAUUUUAUCUUAUUCUCCAAAAUCUGAAGAAUGUUUAUAUAUCUUUCUGUUAUAUAUUGUUGAAAUGGUUGAUAGAACACGCACUGGUGUAAUGUACAAGGAAGAGAGAGAACAUUCUCUGACUAAGGAAACCAUUAUUUCUAAACCUGAUGUAUCUUACCUAGCCCAAAAUUCGAAUGAACCUGAGCCGAAAUCGGACACGACAGGUAUAUCCGAGAAACUCCCAUUAGAUGAUCAGCAGAGAGACGACCAAACAGGACCGGUUGCAUCAGCUUCUGUGAAGACAAGCGGUUAUGAUAAUUACUCCGAGUGGCAAAAAAAAAUAAUUUUAUGUGGAAUAGAUAAAAUUAAAAGACAAAAUGGUUGGAGGGACGCC